AUGUCUUUGAUUGUAGAUCAAGAUUCAAAUUUCAAACACUUUUGCAAAAUUUGCGAAAAAGGAUUUAUGUGUGGAAGAGCAUUAGGAGGCCACAUGAGGACUCAUGGAACUGGAGACGAGAUUGAGUCCUUAGAUAAUGAUUGGGAGGAGAAAGACGUUGGUUCUAACGGAGGUACUUCGCCACCAAACAACAAAAGAAUGUAUGGCCUAAGAGUAAAGCCAAAUAGGCCAGGGACUAGCAAAGGUUCUGAAAAUUGUGGUAUGGAAUCUUUAUCUUGUAAAUCAUUUUUAGAUCACGGUAAAUGCAUCUGUCAUGAUGAUGUUAAAAAUGUUUUAUCAUCCCCUAAUACGGAAGGAGAGGGUAAGGCUGUCGAUAAAAGUAGUUGGCUUAAACAUAAACGAAAACGGUCAUUAAGAAAUAAAGUUGAGAAUUAUACAACAACUAAUAUGUCUCCAUCAAACGAGGAACAAGAUCUUGCAGCUGAUUGCUUAAUGAUGUUGUCUAAUGCCGUCGAAAGCAAUACAAUGGCUGAACAAAUCGAAGAUUCAUUUGCUUCCUCGAGUAGACAGGAGGAAAAUAAGAGAAAUUGUUUUUUAGAACCUUUUAUAUCACACCAGGUGAAAGAUGGUUUCGCUGUGAAUGAGUUUUAUGAUAACGAUAUUAUGAACUUAACCCCUGAUUCUCAUACAAAAGGAUUGUUUGAAUGUAAAGCGUGCAAAAAAGUAUUCAAUUCUCACCAAGCCUUAGGAGGUCAUAGGGCAAGUCAUAAAAAAGUUAAAGGUUGUUUUGCAGUAAGGUUAGAUAAUAAUUCAUCUACAGUGAAUGAUGAAGUUCAAGAGUUGAUGAGAUCGAUAAAAGCAUCUCAUGGUGAGUCUAAUAAUCCUAUGCAAGAGCAAGCAAUAAGUAAGGGAUCAAAAUCUAAUGUUCAUCAAUGUUCAGUUUGUGAUAGGAAAUUUUCAUCUGGACAAGCUUUAGGUGGUCAUAAAAGAUGUCAUUGGCUCACCCCAUCUAUUUACAAUCAAAUUCAUCAAUUUAAUCCACUUUUUGCUGUUUAUAAUCAUCCAAGUAUUCUUGAGGAUCAUCAAAUUCAAUUACAUACUAAAAUUCCUACAUUAAAUGAUCACAAAGUUUCGACACGUGAAACAUUCAACAGUUCUUUAUGUGCUGAGAGGAGAAUAAAAACAUUGAAACAGGCCCGUGACCCCACCCGCCGGCAUAAAAAACCCCAUGGGGAAAAAGCCAGACAGCACAGGGGUGUGCUAUGCAUAUGGAAGAGUAUACACCAUGAUCGCUAUAUUACAUCGAUUUAUGUAUGGAUGGAGGCAUUAGAGACAAAUAAUCACCUUACACACCAAUUCUACGAAAACAAAAAAACAGCCUUUAAACCAAAUUCAGAAUUUCCUAUAACUCCAUGUGAUGGUAUAACAGUUAGGCCCAUCAUUUCCUUUGCCCAUAUACCGAUCCUGAUUUCCUGA